GCAAGUUUACAAAACCAGAUCAGAAUGGGUUCACGUUCACGAAGUCCUUCAGUAAAGCGUCGGCAUCAUAAAAGCAAACACAAGAAGCGCAGUAAAUCGCACAAUCGCGACCACGAGCGUAGCAGCACAACGCGCAGCAGUCGCAGUCGGGCGGAAAGAGAUAACUCGCCUAGUCUGUCAUCAAUCCCACAUCCUUAUCCACAUGGUCAGCGCCACGAGCGCGACAGGCACAGGCAUCGCGGUGGCGACCGACACACAGAACGCGACUAUCAUUCAAAGUCACGUAAACGCUCCAGCUCAACGGCCUCCAGCAGUGAUAGCCAAUAUUCUGACCAUGAAUCACAGCGCAGCAGACACAAGCGCAGUCGCUACAAGAAGCUGGAUGAACAAAAUCUACUGCAAGUGGAAAGACUGGCGGAAAUGGAGAGACAGCGUCGGCAAAAGGAAGCCGAACAGAAAACAAUUGAAGAGGAGGCUGCCAAACGCAUUGAAAUGCUUGUGAAAAGACGCGUCGAGGAGGAGCUGGAGAAGCGGCGCGAUGAAAUCGAACAGGAGGUGAAUCGACGCGUUGAAACGGCCAAGGCCGAAAUGGAGCGCGAAAUGAUGCUGGAGCUGGAGCGACGGCGCGAGCAGAUACGCGAAGAAGAACGCCGACGUGAGGAGGAAGAAAAGCAAAAACGCGAAGAACUCGAAGAGAUUUUGGCCGAAAAUAAUCGCAAAAUCGAAGAUGCCCAAAGAAAAUUGGCUGAGGAGCGCUUGGCCAUAAUUGAGGAGCAGCGGCUCAUGGACGAGGAGCGUCAGCGCAUGCGCAAGGAACAGGAAAAGCGCGUCAAGGAGGAGCAAAAGGUCAUAUUGGGCAAAAAUAAUUCAAGACCAAAAUUAUCGUUUUCCCUGAAACCGGGCGCGUUAUGAGGCGGCAGCAUCUGCAGUUGUCAUAAAAUGAAUUUUUUAGCUUUUAUUUUAGAUUUUGUUAAUAGCUGUUGCUCCAUUUUGUUUACCUCAGUACGCCAAUUUGCUUCUGCCCGAGACUAUUUAACAUUAACCCAAUAGAAUUGAAUUUGGAGGUUAAACAGCCUAGAGCAUUAGCCAAAUGGCCCGAGGUUAGUCGUAUGUUAUACAAAUUUCAAUUAUUUUUUGUUUAACAACAUUUGGGAACCUAUUCGAAUCAAUUGCGCACUAUUUGCUUCAGACCUAUUCAGACAACUCCGCGUCAAAUGCUUUUGUGUAAAGUGCAUUGUAUUGUUAAAUGCUGCAACCCAUUUAUAUAAACCAAAAGCGCUAAAAUGCAAUCCUUUUUGAUAUUAAUAAUAAUACCGACAAAAAACUUAAAGCAAAAUGAAAAAGAUAAUACGAGAAGUAAUUAAA